GUGAGAGAGUGGAGUGAAACACGUAAGAGAGUGUUGAGAGGUCCUUUUAUUUUCUGUUUCUAACAUUCCUUGCAGGUUUCAAUCAUGUCAAGCGGUGAUGAUAGAAAACACCAAGUGGAUGAUGCCUUCAUGCUCAAGGCUAUGCAACAACAAUUUCAGAGGCUAGACAUCAUGUUUGGUGAAAUUAAAGACAAAAUGGAGAAGCAAGAUGCAGCCAUUGCCAAGUUAUACCAAAUACAUAAUGGAAGUCCAAAUUUGCAUAAUCACAAUCUUGAUGACAAUGAUGAAGAUGCAUUCAACGAUGAUGCCCAGAACCCAAAUUUCAGCAUGGACAGAUUUAUGAGAGGUAGAAGGGGUCAAAGAUAUAGAUUUAACAAAGGAGACCAAAAUCUGGCAAGGUGGGGAGAUCGGCAAGAUCAUGACUUAGGCAGCAUCAAGAUGAAAAUUCCUCCAUUUCAAGGCAAAAAUGAUCCAGAUGUGUAUUUGGCGUGGGAAAAGAAGGUGGAAUAUGCCGUUGAGGGAGAACUGCUUGUCACUAGGCAAGCUUUGAAUGUGCAAGCCAAAAAAGAUGAUGAAGUACAACGUGACAAUAUAUUUCACACGAGUUGCCAUGUCAAAAACAAGGUAUGUAGUGUGAUUAUUGAUGGUGGUAGUGGUACUAAUGUAGCUAGCACUGUUUUAGUUGAAAAGCUUAAUUUACCUAUGAUGAAUCAUCCAAGGCCAUAUAAGCUGCAGUGGUUAAACGAUUGUGGAGAAAUCAAGGUAAAUAAGCAAGUUCUGGUUUCAUUCUCUAUCGGACGAUAUAAGGAUGAGGAGAGUAACACAUGUGGCUUCAAAAAUCGCUAUUCGUUCAUCAUGGAAGGGAAAACAAUUACUCUUGUGCCGUUGAGUCCAAGGCAGGUUUAUGAGGAUCAACUGAGGCUGAAAAAAGAGAGUAAGCUGAGAAAAGAGAGUGAGCUUGAGGGUAUGAAAAGCAGAGAGAAAACAGUAGAGAAAGAGUUAAAAAAGAGAGAAAAGAUCGAGAGUGUGGAAAACAAAGAGAGAAAAUCAGUGAGUGUUUAUGCAAAAAAAAGUGAUGUCAAGGCUGCGUUCUUUGCAAAGCAGCCUAUGUUUGUGCUUCUGUAUAAAGAUACUUAUUUCAACACUAACGAACUUAAUGAUUCUUUGCCUAGUGCUAUUAAAUCUCUUUUGCAGGACUUCAAGGAUGUGUUUCCAGAUGACGUUCCUAAUGGUUUACCACCAAUGAGAGGAAUCGAGCAUCAAAUUGACUUCAUUCCUGGUGCAACAAUUCCAAAUCAACUAGCAUAUUGAAGCAAUCCCAAUGAGACGAAAGAACAUCAAAGGCAGGUCGAAGAACUCAUGAAAAUGGGACAUGUGAGAGAAAGCAUGAGUCCAUGUGCAGUUCCAGUGCUACUUGUGCCUAAGAAGGAUGGGACUUGGCGUAUGUGUGUUGAUUGUCGUGCGGUCAACAAAAUUACUAUAAAGUAUCGUCACCCUA